GAGAAGACCUUGUUUGUUUACGCAUCAUUGCAUUUGUGUAGUUUCACAGGUGAUAGCAACACAGACAUUGAUAGCGAUUCAAAGGUGGGAGCGAAAGCAUACAUAGUUGCAUUAUCGUGGCGGGGGAAGCAGACGGGGUGUGGUUGAAAAGGGUGUAGACGAAGCGGAAAACUAUCUUUUUAAGAUCAAAAAGUGACGCCCGGGGGAAGUAGCGGCGACAAGAAUCAUAGGUUGCGCCGGCCCCAAGGUGUGCGCAAGGGUGACCAUAUAUAGGCAUAUAUAGUUGUUUGUGCGCCAUUGGUUUGGGGUCAAAUGUUCCUUGAGACUGAGGAGAACGCCGAGCUCCUUGAGUUGCUGUCGCAGGUUCGUGCCGCGGCCGCUCUUGAGGAGAGUGAGGAGACGUUGCCGUUUUCCGGAGCCUCCUCGGACGCGCUACAUCCUUCGCUCCAGCACGGACGUGUUCGCGGGGCGCCCGCCGCGUUGGGCACUCAUACUGCUAUUCUUCACCGUGAAGACCUGUCUACUGCCACACCUGCGGAGGGCACCUACACCCCAUGUGAGUUGCAGCGACCGUCUGGGCCGCCUUUUGGUGAGCCCUCAGGUACUAUUAGGGACUCGGAGAGGGGAUCGUGGUCAUCACCGGGGCCUAACCCGAGCAGCAGGUGCCGUAGUAAACAGCCGCAUUCUGGGCUUAUGAGCGACGCUUAUGGUCUUUCCCCGACUUCCACACUGCCCACACCUGCGAUGGGCUGCGGCGCGGCGCCCGCCGCUGGUGUGGUCGCAGCCACAGGUCACCACGCACACCCGGACUCGGCUGGGAGGCUCCUCUCUAGCGAACACGGCGAUGCUCUCCAGCGUACCGGUGCUUUGGACAGUCUACACCCGAUGGACGAACACGCAGUGUCCCAGAGGAAGCUCAGCUUCACGGGGGGCGCCGCUUGCGCCGCGUCCCCUUUUGCCUACACGACUUCCUCGACUCGUGUGACGGUGAGCCCGACCGAUGCGAGGCCCUGUGACGCCCUGCAACAGCCCCCACGGCCAGCGGAGAUGCGCUACACGCUCUGUCAAGCUAAAGUGGUGGAUACCCCCGACCUGCCAUCAUCGGCAGUUGCGCGAUUGGCACUGCUUCCCGGCGCGAUGGGAGGUAAAAGUAUCUCAGCAGCGGCUACGAUUUCUGAGGCGGUGACAACCCAGCAGUUGAUUGGUGCCUGUGCAACACCACCAACAACUUCUGCAGUGCUUGCUUUGGGUCCGGCCUAUGGUGGUCUUUUACCUGCCUCGGACAGAGUUCAGACUACCUCUAUUGGGACGGCUUUGCCUUUCUCAUCGGAUUGUGGCAGCCCACAAUCUGUGACGCCACUUCAUCGGAAGGCUCUUCCACGCGCCACUUCUUCAGGGGAAAGACAUGUUCAGGUGUCAAUCCAGCACUCGUCAGGAGAAGGGAUGGUUGUUUCGCAUGGGAGCAUGCCAACUGCACACGCGGUAGAUGUUGAAGUUGGGACAGGUACCGGGCGUGGCACGGGUCAAAACACUGAUCAAACUGCAGUAAUCCCCACAAAGAGCAACAAUGCGCAUCAUGCAAUACCCAUGAACCUUUCUCUACCCGCGACACCAGUGCAGGGUGGGGGGUGGGGUAACGACAGCUGCGCUGCAGCAGAUAUUUGGCAACAGGUUCCUCAAACUUUGAAUGAUGAAGAUUGUGGUACACCUCAGCAUCACCUUUUCCGACCUCGCUCAAAUGAACUGAAUAUUUUUAUGCUGCCAUCUCCACCGCGGCCCUUAGCGGCUUUACCAUUGACGUCUUGUACAACAGAGACUGUUCAGCAGAUGCAGAAUAUUCCUUUUGCAUCUGAUUCAUCAGGGCGGAGCCCCGUCGAUCCUACCCACAUUCAUCACUAUCUCAGUUCGCUCCAUGUCGCUAACAUGAGGGGGGGCACUGAGGCUUUCUCCCGUCCUCCUCAGCCUAAUCAGGAAGGUUCUCAUUCAAAUAUCAGGACGGGCUACAGUAACCCAUCAAUGACGCAAGUUCCACCGGUGAUAACCAUGCACGCAGUGCGCCCGAAGACUUCGACUUCUACAGACUCACCUUCCCGAGCAUCACGGCCUAUAUCUCAGCCAUCGAAUGUCUCCAAUGCUCGUACUUCCGUUGUCAUUGGCUCCACGGCAGUUCCGAACAGCACAAGUGUGUUCCUGUCCUCGAUCGCACAUCUGCAGGACGGGCACACUCCUUGUGGUGGCAAGUCCAGUGGGAUGGAUUGGCAGCGUGGUUUUACUAGCCUAGUUGGUCCAUCACAAGCCACGAAGUCGGAGGACAACGGUGCCAACACCCCUGGUAGUGGUGGGCCACCACCAUCGGAGCGGUAUGCGCAUUAUUUACAGCGUGGUGUUCUGACAAGCCCUUUUAUGCCUAUUCAGCAACCUAAUGCGCAUCCGCAGUUGCAGAGACGCCCUAACAGUACCACCGCCAUUACACUGAACGCCACGGCCACACCCAAGACCGCCAAAAAUUCAAACCCUCGAAACUCAUCGACCAAGGGUGCAUGCAGCAGCACGAACACGUCUCUGCAUGUGGUGUCCGCUACAGCAGCUGUUGGUACUGGACGUGCGAGCGGCGGCACCCGUCAAUCAAACAGCCAUCACUCUCAUUGUGUUGCUGCGGGAUCACCUAACGCGCCUGGGUGCGUCUCACCGUCUAUCGCAGCAACCUUAUUGCUGUUUCUUAAUACUCCUGAAUGUGGAGAUAGCAGCGGCGACAAUACCUUCGCUGAGGAUGAUGCGGCGGGUGGCGUUCUCGGGAGACAAAUCCUAGCGCUCUCACGCGACCAGCAGGGUUGCCGUUCUCUUCAAGCUGUUCUGGAUUGCGAGGCAGCGAAUCGCUACGGUGAUGCAAUGAUGCCCUCUGCUCGUGUGCGAGGUUCACAGGACUACGGAGGUGCGAAACAUCUUCAGAAGGAUGACAAUGAGCGACGGGGAGGCGAUACGGUAGUGGGUGCCGUGAACACGGUAGCAAGUGGGGAUGCGUCUUCGUUGCCACCACUUUCUCUUCCUUUACGUCGAAUUAUUGCAGCCCUAGAGCCGCACCUGCCCCAGGUCAUGUCGGAUGCCUACGGGAACUUUUUGGUUCAGAAGUUAUUUGAAGUGUUGAAUGAUGACGAGCGUUUACCACUUUUAUGCAAAGGCUCUAUCCUCCACAAGGGAUUGGGUGAGGUGGCUUGUUCUCCACACGGCACCUUUGCUGUGCAGCGUCUUGUUGAGACUCUGCGCAAUGAGGCGGAGGAGGAGGCUGUGUUUAGCAGCCUCGGCGAUCAUUUGGUUCAAUUGCUGCUUGAUGCUAACGGCGGACACGUCCUAUUAAAGGUGAUGAGCUAUAUUAAGGGCGCAUACGGGUCUCGAGGUGCCGGCGUUGGCUCAGUAACUGUUAGUCCAACCGCGGUUAAUCCUCAUACCACAUUAGGGGAGGGUAAUGUGGAGUCCAAUCUCAAGUAUCGCGGCAGCACGAAUGCUGUUUCUGAGGAAAACAGUUGCCUCAGAAAGGCGCUGCAAAGUGGGGAGCUUUCUGUCGAUGCAAUGCGGCAGAAGAUACGUUUCUUGUACGAUGGUCUUUUGAAAAGUAUUUUGGUGGUAUGUCGGCAUCGACAGGGAUGCUGUAUCACUCAGAAGUGUUUGGAUUUCUUUGCGCAGAUAUUUCCGGUUACGUCUGACGCCCGCGACGCACCGCUUACCACUUCCCAGCCAUCUGGGCACGAAGAUUUUUUCGUUGGAUUGGUGAAAAAACUGUUGGAACACCUUACCGCAUUGGUAAUGGACCCCUAUGGCAACUACGUUAUCACACACGCGGUUGAAGUAUGUUACGCCCGGGGGAGCAUUCAACUCGUAGAUGUUGUGGCGCAGCGAAUGCAGGAGCGCAUGACAUCGUUUUGCAAGGAUAAGUACGCUUCAAACGUGAUGGAGCAUGUCUUGCGGUAUAGCAGUGAAAAGCGAAUCCGUGCUUUUUGCCGCAACCUCUUGACGCCUUCCACACUAGCUUUCUCUGCUUCACGGGAUAGGAGUCUUGGACGAGGAAAUAGUGAUAAGAAGACCCCGAAAACAAGGGAUGCGCGCGGUUGCGAAAGCGAGGGGAGUGCAGUACCAGGGGAUCCAGCGGCACUGUUGGACUGGCAUCUUUGGCCGCUUGUUGACGUGGCCUUGGAUCCGUUUGGCAAUUAUGUGGUUCAGACAUUGCUAACAGUGGCACCGGUGGACGAGCUGUUCCACGUUGAGGAUACUACCCAGACUGGUUUGAGCGAAUCUUUUGAACAACACGAUGAGAAAUCGCAUACUCAUGAUGAGAAUCCUUAUCGUUUGAGUAAACAGGGGAGCCAUUCCUCGACAUUGGUGAACAAAACGCGCGACAACUCUUACGGGCUGCUACCCGUACUGCAGCGGUACUUGCCCCUGCUUCAGGAGAAAAGCUUCACGAGAAAGAUCGAGACUAAAAUGGAGCUUGCGCUUCUGCGCGUCGAAGAAGAAAAAAUGCGACGGCAGCAUCAGAAGUAA